GACAUUUCCAAUCUUAUUGGCAGCCAGACUCUAUUGACCUCUGUGUCACAAGUUUCAUCUCUGACUGCACCUCCCUCGCUUCUUCGUGUUUGCCUCCCUCUUCAGCAGUACUGGGUCCUCUAUUCCUCUAAGCCUAGUAGCGAGAUGGAUGAAUCCCGGAAGAGCUUUACCCUAUCCGUUGGGACGGGGAAAAACAUCUGGGAUAACUUCAAUCAGGUUGCGCACGAGAAGACAGGCAAGCCAAAGGUUAUGUGUACAACAUGUCUCUGUACCCUUGUUCAUCCAAGAUAUCGCCGUCCUGAGUCAUCGCCAAUGAAUGCACAUAUGAAGGCAGGCCCCUGUACUCGGAAGCCUACCCAGAGGGUUGAUCAACUGCUAAAACAGAUGACUUCAUCUCUGCCACUGACCGACCCUUCCGAAUCAUUGAGCAUACGCUGUUCAAGGAUAUAG